AUGGCGGCCAAUAACAUUGGCGCGGGCGCGGUCGCGGCCCUGGAGCGGCUGGCCUGGUUCGUGUGGGCUACAGCGACAGAGCGGCCGUUUUAUUUUCUGUUCGUUUUUGUUGUACCUCUGCUCACAGUAGGAAUCUUUGCUAUCUAUAUCCUCCUCCACCUCAUAGCCCCCAAGCCGCGCGCACCCUACCCCUCCGAAAAGACCUACCUGACCACCAGCCUCGAUGGCACAACCACCAUUCCCCAACCGUUGGCCUGCUGGUACGACCGGUGGCGCGCCGAGGGCAAACUGCAAGAAGAAUAUGCAACCAUCCCCGCGGGGUUCCCCGUGCCCGAACAGCUCGCUAUCGAGCCGGCCGAGGUCGAAGUCAGUGUGGUCGUGCCGGCAUACAAUGAGGAGGCGCGCAUUGUGAAGGCGCUUGAGGAGAUGGUGGAGUAUCUUGACCAGGAGUUUGGUCGGCCGGAGAAAGAUACAUUGCUGGAGCGGUUAGACCGGUCGUCGAAGCAGCGGGGCAGCAAGACGAAAAACAACAACAAGAAACGGGCCGUCACACCACAUCGCCUAGUGUUCAAACCCUCCUCUUCCACCUCCACGCCACGCAACCGCAGUGCCUCCCCGCCAAAUUCCGACUUCUCAUCCACCUCCUCCACCGCUCAACCAAGCGGGUACGAAAUCCUGAUCGUCGACGACGGCAGCCGAGACCGCACCGUCGAGGUCGCACUGGCGUUUGCCCGCCGCCACGGGCUGCACGACAUCCUCCGUGUGAUCAAGCUGGCGCGCAACCGCGGCAAAGGCGGGGCUGUGACCCACGGACUGCGCCAUGUACGCGGCCGAUACGCGGUGUUUGCCGAUGCCGACGGCGCGAGCCGGUUCAGCGACCUCGGCCGGCUGAUUGAGGGUUGCGAGGACGUUGUCGACGGGUCAAAUCGCGGUGUCGCGAUUGGGAGUCGGGCUCAUUUGGUGGGGAGUGACGCUGUUGUCAAGCGCUCCGCAAUCCGCAACUUCCUCAUGCGCUCCUUCCACGCUCUCCUCACUAUCCUCACCCCCCCAGCCACCUCCCGCAUCCGCGACACCCAAUGCGGCUUCAAGCUCUUCUCACGCGCUGCCCUCCCCCACAUCAUCCCCUACAUGCACGCCGAAGGCUGGAUCUUCGACAUCGAGAUGCUCAUGUUGGCUGAGUCGGCACCUGCCACACCUGUGCUGGCGAGCGAUGGGUCGGUGAUUGGUGCAACAGCGGGGAUCAGGGUGGCUGAGGUGCCGGUGCAUUGGGAGGAGGUGGCCGGGAGUAAGGUUAGUUUGGUGGGGGAUAGUUUGAGGAUGGCUGUGGGGUUAGCGGUGUUGAGGGCAAGUUGGAUGUUGGGGGUUUAUCGGCGGCGGGUGGCGUAG